CCGAUCGAGGUAUCAAUGGACGAGAUAAAAAGGAUAAUUCAGGAGUCACGAAGUUUUCGACGGAUAUUUGUUAUUUCUCAUUUGCUUCAAUCUCAGUCAUCUGAGCUAAAUCAUACGGCCCUCAAGGCGUCCAGGAGAUGGAUUCCAUCCUUUUCAAGUCGCAGCUCCGCUGAGGAUUCCGCUUUGACUGCCACAUUACGUAAAAUGAAAGGUCGCUUUCACUUCCACGGCAGUGAACGAGCCGCAGGCCGCAGCAGGCAGUCUACCCGCCGAACAAAGGAGAAGAGGAGGAGGGUAAAGAUGGCGACCGCGCUGCGAUCGGCGGCCGCACCGCGCCGCCUCGUCCCGUCGAGACCUCCGGCGAGUGCUGGAGGAGUGGUGCGCGUCUGUUCCCGGACUGGGGCUCGCGGUGGCGGGGGAUUGGCAAUGGUGGUCGCUGAUUCCACCCGCCGUCGCGCCAAGAAAGGGGACGACGGCGACGGCGUCCUCGGCGCUUCUGUUCUUGGAGGUUCCGAGGUGGAAUCGGGGGACCAGCUGAGCGUGGUAAUGAAGUUCGGGGGGUCGUCGGUGUCGUCGGCGGCGAGGAUGGAGGAGGUGGCCGGCCUCAUCCUCGCGUUCCCCGAGGAGCGCCCCGUCGUCGUCCUCUCUGCCAUGGGGAAGACCACCAACCUCCUGCUCCUCGCUGGCGAGAAGGCAGUGGGAUGUGGAGUGAUCCGUGUUUCUGAAAUCGAAGAGUGGAGCAUGAUCAAAGAUCUGCAUAUUACGACACUGGAUGAAUUUGGAUUGCCAGGAACUGUAAUACAUUCCAUGCUGGAGGAACUGGAGCAGCUCUUGAAAGGUAUUGCUAUGAUGAAAGAGCUGACACUUCGGACCAGAGACUACCUUGUUUCAUUUGGAGAAUGCAUGUCCACACGGAUUUUUGCUGCUUAUUUAAACAAAAUUGGUGUCAAAGCACAGCAGUAUGACGCCUUUGAUAUUGGUUUCAUAACAACAGAUGAUUUUGGUAAUGCGGAUAUCUUGGAAGCAACUUAUCCUGCUGUUGCGAAGAGACUGCAUGGAGACUGGAUUCGGGAUCCAGCAAUACCUGUAGUUACUGGGUUUCUUGGGAAGGGCUGGAAAUCAGGCGCUGUUACUACUUUAGGCCGAGGUGGCAGUGACUUGACUGCUACAACCAUUGGUAAAGCCUUGGGAUUGCGAGAAAUUCAGGUAUGGAAGGAUGUUGAUGGUGUACUGACUUGUGAUCCAAAUAUCUACCCAAAUGCAAAGACUGUCCCACACUUGACAUUUGAAGAGGCCACGGAACUCGCUUAUUUUGGUGCCCAGGUUUUGCAUCCGCAAUCAAUGAGACCUGCUAGAGAAGGUGAUAUACCCGUUAGGGUUAAGAAUUCGUACAACCCCAAAGCUCCAGGCACCCUUAUUACUAAACAAAGAGAGAUGGAUAAGGUUGUGCUAACUAGUAUAGUGCUGAAGUCAAAUGUCACUAUGUUGGAUAUAGCGAGCACUCGGAUGCUUGGUCAGUUUGGUUUUCUGGCAAAGGUCUUUUCUAUAUUUGAAGACCUAGGCAUAUCUGUGGAUUGUGUUGCUACUAGUGAAGUUAGCAUUUCUGUGUCACUUGAUCCAUCAAAGAUCUGGAGCAGGGAACUUAUUCAGCAGGAACUUGACCAUGUAGUCGAAGAGCUUGAGAAAAUUGCAGUUGUUCAUCUACUUCAGCAGAGGGCAAUUAUUUCACUCAUUGGGAAUGUGAAACGAUCAUCCCUUAUACUAGAAAAGGCCUUCCGCGUGUUGAGGAAAAGCGGGGUCAAUGUCCAAAUGAUCUCACAAGGGGCAUCGAAGGUUAAUAUUUCGCUGAUAGUUCAUGACAGCGAGGCAAAGGCAUGCAUAAAAGCUCUUCAUCAGGCAUUCUUCGAGGAUGAUGUCCUGACAGAAGCUGAGGCUGAAAAUUUGCUCGUGAGUUGAUCAAUAUAUGGGUUGCCGUCUCCAGCACAUUAUGCAGCAUCGGCUCCAACUUGCUACUUCCCGUCGGCCGCUUGAUCCUCGUGCAUGAACAACAUUUUAUAUCUGCAAAUUUCAGCUCCCCAGUGAAUGACUCUUUCAGAUUAUGUUUUCUUGUUGCCUACUCGGAUGAAUACUAGCUCCCCAGUGAAUGAAUGACCGCCUAUGAUCUUACGAACUACGAUAGAUCACAAUGAACUGUGACCGUGCACAACUUGUGCAUACAUUAAUGAACAGUGAUUGUGCACAA